ACUAAUAUAUUGAUUGCGUAUAUGUGUAUUGCACAAGCGUAUAUCGUUCGCAUCCUAAAUAUUACAUUGUUCAUUACUAUAACCUAUUGUUUCGUUUCGUUAAAUAAAUACCUUCAUCCUGCAAUUUUUUGCACUACAAUGCAGAGCAUCGCGUGCUAUUAACUUUUGAAAAUACGUUUUUACACAGUUAGAAAUGUUUAAUGAGAACUUCAAUGACUGGUUUUCCCAUGCCUCUUAACAACAAAUGCUGUUAGCUCAUUUCAGUUAUGCGCCAUCUCUCUCUGAUUUGUUUAUUUGCCGUAGUAAUAUAUUAAAACGUACCGUUUAGUUGGAUACAAGUAACUUAUUCAGAUAACCCUCCAGCAGAUAUCAAAGUCCUUGCUCAUCUGCAUGUGAACCGAGGUUUGUAGUGACCGUCAAACUGAAACUUGUUUUAGUUUACAUCAGUUAGAGGUUCCUGUCACUUGUGCAAAAUACUCCAUUGUAAUCAUACACAAUGAAGUUCUUCCUGUUACUUAUUCUGGGUGCUGCUGUAGCGUACGCCAACAAUGACCUCCUCAAGGAGUUUUCCGAUGGAAAUAGGAUAUUUAGUGCCAACGUCUACAAGGAAAUGAAAAAAACAAAUUCCGGCAACUUCCUGGUUUGUCCAUUAUCAGUAGAUGUGGUUCUCGCCCUCGUUCACGCCGGCGCUCGUGGUGAAACCGCCAAACAACUUUCGGCAGGUCUCCAACUUCCCGAGGAUCAUCAAAAGGUGCAAGCCAUUUUCAAAGAGCUGUCACCGAAACUCAGAGGGAACGAACACUACACAUUGAGUAGUGCCAACAAAGUUUACUUAGCAGAAGGAUUUAAAGUGAGCGACGAGUUUAACAGUGUCGCAGUUAAUGUGUUCCAAUCGGAAAUUGAAAAUAUUAACUUCGCGCAAAGUAAGGCGUCUGCUAAUGAAAUGAACAAAUGGGUAGAAGAAAAAACACAUGACAAAAUAAAGAAUUUAAUUAAAGAAGAUGAUUUAUCUGAAGACACAAUCGCCGUAUUGAUUAAUGCACUGUACUUUAAAGGAUCUUGGGUUAAGCAAUUCAGCGAAUACGGCACUCGGAAGCAACCCUUCUAUGUUACCAAAGAAAAUCAAGUGGACGUCGAUAUGAUGGAAAUAACCGAAUUUUACAACUACUACGAAGAUUCAACUUUGAAUGCGAAAUUUUUAGAAAUGCCUUACAAAGGAGAAGAUAUCAGUAUGACCUUUGUUUUACCUAACGAUGUCGACGGCUUGGGGGCGUUAGAAGAUAAGAUUGAAGCAGCUCUUGCCACUCCCAAGUAUACCAAUGAACGUGUACAUGUGCAAUUGCCCAAAUUCAAAAUUGAAUCCACAAUUCAGUUCAUACCAAUCCUGCAAAAAUUAGGAGUCAAAGAUUUGUUCGAAAAUAAUGCUGACCUUAGCGGAAUUGGUGCCAAUAAACAAAAUCUGACCGUAACGAAAGUUAUACAAAAGGCCUUCAUUGAGGUGGAAGAAAAGGGAACAACUGCUGCUGCAGCCACUGCUGUACACAUAUCCAAGAAAAGUGGUGGUAACGUGAAACUACUAAAGACCUUCGAAUUCAUUGCCAAUCGUCCCUUCCUAUUAACGUUGCGCAGUAGAGACGUGGGCGUAAUUUUUAUAGGAAGAUACAUGAAUGCCCAAUAAAUUUGAGCCUCGAGUCGUAUUGUAUUGAAGUUUGUAAGCUUUAUUAAUUGUAUGUGAUUAAUUGUAUGUGAAUGCGAUAUUGACAUUAAUAAAGUCUAAAGUUCAAAUCGG